AUGAAUCUAAUUCAGAUGUAUAACAUGUUCUUACGUCAAGGCGUGGAUGAAAUUAGUAGUGCCGAUUCCUUGCAAUUUGACAUCGGGACAAUUAAAAUUGCAACGGACAACUUUUCUGAUACAAACGAGCUUGGAAAAGGUGGAUUUGGUAUUGUUUACAAGGGUGAGCUUCCAAAUAGACAAGAAAUAGCUGUGGAGCGGUUGUCCAAGACUUCUCAACAAGGAGAUCUAGAAUUUAAGGAUGAGGUCAAGUUAGUGGCUACUCUUCAACAUAGGAAUUUGGUAAGGCUCCUAGGAUUUUGUUUGGAAGGAAAGGAAAGACUUCUAAUUUAUGAGUUUGUACCUAAUGCAAGCGUUGAAAAGUUCAUAUUUGGUAUGUUUGUCGUUCCUCUCAAAUCCCAAAUUCUAUUUAUAGUAAUUACAUCUUAA